AUGGUUCUCCUCGUCAAACUCCUCAGAACGGGCCUAGGUCUCACAUCAGAAGCCAUCCAUGCCGCCCGCGAUCGGCCUUCAUCGUCUGAUCAACGACCUUCCAGGUUCCCACCGCCCUAUACAACGAGUGCUACCGACACUGUGGAUAACGCCGAGAACCCUGUUCAAAAUGCGCAGGUUGAGAAUUCUAUCAACCGGAAUAUCGAGCACCAACAGAGCAAUGCGCCCCAAACCGCGAGAGACUCUCCCGCAGACUAUCUGGCAACCUACGACCAGGACGAGGCCAUCUGGCAGCUCGACGACAUGGCCGAGAGUGUAAGAGAACAGCCGCACGACGAGACCAUGGCGACAGUGACUCCUGAGCAACAGGAAACCGAAGAGGAAAAGGUCAAACAGAGGGAAGCGUUGGCUCGCGAGCUUGUCGCCACGGCGGGACCAGUUCCCGCCUCGAUACAACGUCUUCCUUGCCCUGUAAUCAUUCCUCAACGCCGGCCUAGAAAUAAGGAUCGCGGGUUCGUGCGAGCGUACGCACCUGUUCUGGAUGACUGUGGUAUUAGCCAGGAUGUGUUUCUGCGGUUUUUGGAAUACUUGGAUGCAGUUAAUCAUGCCUCAGCGUGGAUCGACGUGGUUUUUAUCGCCGCCCAAAUUGCAGGCUCCAUCCCAACCCCCGCAGCCAUGAUUGUUGGUACGAUAGUUUCGAUAGUCGCCGGGGCUGCUCGCGAAUUGCAAAAGCGUACUCGCGCGAAUACCUUUCUAGAAAUGGUUAAUCGGGAUUUGUUCAUGCCGCGUGGGCUGUUUGCUAUGGUGAUGGCAUUCAAACCUGAAAUUCCCAGUUCACGGCAGGGGCCGCUGGGUAAUGUGGCUGGUGCUGUCAAGGAGACUCUCUCCAAGAAGGAGAAGCUCGAUAUCAACCAGACAGUUGAGAAGUGGAGCAAUACCGAUCCAAACAAGUCAAAGUUCAAAAAGGGGUUGGAUAAUAUUAGACUCCAGAGUGGCGAGACCAAUUCGGAGGUUGAACUGCCCGAGACUGCGAGCCUGAUUUAUCCCGACCUAGAUCAGGUCGCAGCACAGAUCUCGCAAGAUGAGGGAGUUAUGAACAAGUUCAAAGGGGCUGGAAAUUGGGUCAACGAUUACAUGGACAGAAGAGCAGCGGUUUUCUACGAAGCAAAACACCCAGGCACACCUCUAGUCCAACCCGCAGAACAACGCAAACCCAUGAAAUCACGAUUCAACGACCCCAACCACCCAGCAAAUAGCGGCUCAAUCAUCUCGCUGGUUACCGGCGGCCAUGUUCCUGUUCCGGCGAAAAAUAAAUUACACGAAAAGAGGAAUGAGAAAUUAGGAGUCAACCGCCUUCUCAGACGGUCCGCGGAUCCCUCACGAGACGGUCGACUGAUUUCUGGCGCAGGCAGGCAGUUUGUUAAGAAGAAGCUACAGAAGGAUGUGCUGUAUCUUUUGAUAGUUAAUUUGCCCACGGCGGCGGAGGAAAGGGAGGCUAGAGAGCUGGAUGCUCGGCUCGGGGAUAUGAUGGAGCAGCCCGAGGCCGGUGGUCCCUAG